AUGAGGCCGGAGAGUGGUGUGUCAGGUGUUGCAGUGAAGCUAAUGGCCGGCGCAGGCGAGGCCCCGUCGAGCUCAUGGAGGACGCCGACACCAUACAUCUUCCUGGGCCUCGCCUUCGUGAUGGGCGUCAUUGCGGUUGCGCUGCUCGUGCUCAUCAACGCGCGCAAGAAGGCGUGGUCAUCGUCGUCCGACGAGAAGGCAGCGGAGGCGGCGCACGCGCUCGUGCCGCUGGACCGGGAGCCCAAGGUCGUCGUCUUCAUGCCCGGCCACCACGCGCCGUCCUUCCUCGCCAGCGCCAAGCCGCUCCGCGGUGACGGCGCGGCUGCAGUGUAG